UCUUAAAUGCCCAUCCAUGUCUGAUUUUUCCCACAGCCCCAUCCCAUCAUAUUUUGUGUUUCUUUUAACCUCUGUCUUGUGAUCCUGCCACACACCCAUUUUUUCUUUUCCUUCAAUUUCAAUUUUCAACCCUUAAACAACCAAAUCAUUCAUUUCUGUUAAACGGAAAAAUCAUUCCUAUUUGUUUGCUAAUAAUUCUCUGUCAUUUUGUGGCAGUUAUAACUUAUACCCCUGCUUUUUUUCUUGCGUAUAGAAAAACCCGAAACCCAUUGUUUAUCCAAUUCAAGAGAAAAUCAGGUGUUGAAUUGAACCCCAUCCCCAUCUUCAUCUGGGUUUCUCAAAAAGUUAUAAACUUUGGAGGAAACAAAUCAUGGGAAUUCAGAAAGACAGGGUGAAAUUCAACGUAGGAGGCAGAGUGUUGGAAACAACAGCUACAACCCUUGCCAAUGCAGGGCGCAAUUCUAUGUUUGGGGCAAUGUUCGACGAGAACUGGAACCUAAUAUCAGAUAACUGUAGUGAGAAAUUCAUUGAUCGCAAUCCCGAUUGCUUCGCCGUUCUCCUCGAUCUGCUCCGAACCGGAGAACUAUAUAUUCCACCCAACAUCCCCGAGAAGCUGCUUUACAGGGAGGCCAUGUUCUACGGUCUCUUGGACCACGUUAGAUCGGCAAGGUGGGGUCCAUUCGAUGGAAAUAGGUUAAGGUUGUCUCGGUCUUUUCAAGGACAAGCACCUGGGGAUGGAACAGCCAUUCGAGCUGGACCAGAUGGUGGUUGCUGUGUUGCUCAUGGUAGCAUGGUUCAUGUUUAUGAUUGGAUGUUAGAUGAACAUCCUCCUCUUAAUCUUGAUUAUCAAAGAGUUAAUGAUGUUGGUUGGGUUGACUCUGACAACAUAGUCAUAGGUGUCAGCGAACGGCGUGGUCGUGGUGAUGGUGGGAUGGGUCUGUUUGGAUCCAACACAGGGGAGCUCAGGUAUAAGUUCCAAGUUAGUCAUGAGAAUCAAGUUAAGAGUUACACUGCUGGUGCUUUGAGCUUUAGUUCAGAUUAUAAGUUAUUUUCUAGCUGUAAAGGAAGGAGCAAUGAAUAUGGGGUUGGCGUUUGGGACCAGGUUACUGGGAAGCAAAUUGAUUUUUUCUAUGAGCCUUUGGGUUGGUCACUUGGUGAUGCUGAUAAGCUUCAGUGGUUGGAAGGGAGGAACUGUUUGUUGGUUGCUACCAUGUUUCCUAGGAAGGACAAUUGUUAUAUUAGCCUUUUGGAUUUCAGAGAGAAGAAGAUGGUUUGGUGUUGGUCUGAUAUGGGGGCUGGGGCUCCCUUGGCUGUGGAUGAGAAACGAGUGAGGGAUGCAAUAGCAAUGGAGGAUAACAACUCAGUUUGUGUGGUGAAUGAGUAUGAGGAUUUGGGUUUCAUGGACUUGAGGAGUUUGGCAGCCACAAGCAUUAGGUGGAGCUCAAGAAGUAGGUUAAUGAAGGGGAAGAUGCCAGAGGAACCUUGUUACCCCAAACUGGCACUGCAUGAAGGGCAACUUUUCUCCUCUAUGGACGAUUGUAUUUCAGUGUUCUGUGGCCCUGAGUGGGUUUUGACUUCCAGGCUUAGACGAAGCUAUGGUGGUUCAAUAUGUGACUUUUCCAUUGGAGGUGAUAGGCUUUUUGCUCUUCAUAGUGAGGAGAAUGUGUUUGAUAUAUGGGAGACUCCAACGCCACCCAUUAAAUGAUUAAAGUUUCAUUUCAUACAAGGGAUUGCUUAGUUUCUGGUUCUUUAUCCUUAGUUUCCCAGGAUCUGAUUGCUUCUACAUUUUCCUAGAUAGUGAUGAGUCUAAAACUUGUAUAUACGAGAUUGAGUAGUUUUUUAACGUGGCAUACAUUUAGGUUUACUUUUACUUUACUAUCCAAAGGUGUA